CGUUUGUAGUUGAGGGAGGCGACGUCAAGGAAGAAAAGGAUACUGUCGUAAUUCUAGCUAGCUAUUGGUCGAUUCUGUUAGCUAUCGUAAUAUUAUUUUUAGCUACAGUGUAAACAACAUUUUUGGUUGUGAAAUUUGUUUUUGUACAGUGUACAUACAUAUAUAAAAAUGUCUACUCCUGCGAGAAGGCGACUUAUGCGAGAUUUUAAACGGCUCCAAGAGGACCCCCCGGCUGGAGUCAGUGGCGCUCCGUCAGAAAACAACAUAAUGGUGUGGAAUGCAGUCAUAUUCGGGCCUGAAGGAACACCCUUUGAAGAUGGCACAUUUAAACUCACAGUUGAAUUCACAGAAGAAUAUCCCAACAAACCCCCGACAGUGCGCUUCGUCUCGAAGAUGUUCCAUCCAAAUGUGUAUGCAGAUGGAAGUAUUUGCUUAGACAUUCUACAGAAUCGCUGGAGCCCCACAUAUGAUGUGUCUUCUAUUCUCACUUCCAUUCAGUCCCUGUUAGAUGAACCAAACCCAAACAGUCCAGCGAAUAGUCAGGCAGCACAGCUUUAUCAGGAAAACAAGCGAGAGUAUGAGAAACGGGUAUCAGCUAUCGUGGAGCAGAGCUGGAGAGACAGUUGACCUCGUCUACCUGCGAAUAAGCUUUUGUUUGUGUGUUCUUUUUUCUCUCUCUCUCUUCAAAAUUGAGCUUUGUGUGGGUUUUCCAGUUAGUGGAAUAUAUAUCUUUAUCUCCCCCCCCCCUUUUUUUCUGCCCAACUUGUUUAUGAUUUUAAGUUUAUAUGCACUUUACCUUACUCACUGUGUAGGAUUGCGCCUUUUUUUUUUUUUUUUUUUCGUCUUCUGGUCAUCAAGUGCUUUCCCAUCCCCCUUUGCUCAAUCUGUCUGAUCACAGGAUGCUUUUCACACGUUUGUAACCUUCAGCUGGCUUCUGAGUUGCUCUACAGGAAGGAAAAACCCAAUAAUAUUGGUGUGGGUUUUAUCACCAAACACAGAGACAUCAAAUGCUACUUUACUCCAUUCCCAAGGCUGCCCAUGUUCUCUACAAAAGGACUUCUCUUUUUUCUACAAUAGGAAAUGUGUAAUCAUGAUGGACUGGUUGUGUUGUUGUUACAACCCUGCCCCCCCUUUUUUUUUUUUUUUCUUUGGACGAGGUCUGGGCACCAAUCCGCAUCCCACACUCACACAUCCCUCUCCCUUUGAUGGACUAGGAGAUACUGGGCUGCCUGGCUGUGUUAAGUUCAGAUCAAAUCUCAGUUCAAAUGCUGUAUGCACGCCUUAGCCGUCUGUCUAAAGCUUUGUUACAUGCAUGGAUGCUAGUGAUUAUCCCCCCCCCCAUCAUAUUUCUUUCUUACUCAUGUGUUCAAUGAAACAUUCGUCUAACUUUUCUGUACAGAUUUUGCACUGGCUGUCCAUGUCAGGAUGGGUUUGUUUCUUUCCAGCACUUGUACAUAAAAAAAUAAAAGGCGAAACUACAUUUA